GGCGUCCCAGGCGUCGCGAGCUUUGCUCCCGGCUCUGCGCUGCCCGCUCCUGCGUCCAGCGGCAACGUCGACCUGAGCGCUCUUCGGCCCGUCAACUCGGGAACCAUGAAUUUCGAAGAUGUCAUCUCCAAGGCGAGGGCCUUUGCGACCGAGAAGGGCAUCACGCCCUACGACCGUCCGCUCGUCUACGGAAACGAAUCCAGAGGCUCCGACAGAUCUUUCCGCCGAUCCAGGUCUCGAUCUCCUCCCCGAGGCGGCGGUGACUAUCAUACUGGCGGCUCAUACCGGGACGACCGUCGUGGAGGCCAAGGCCGAGAUUAUGGCCGCGACCGUUCCUACUCCCCUCCGUCACGUGGCCGCACCUUUUCGCCUCGCGGAGGCGGCGGCCGAGAGAGAUCCCCUCUCCGAGGCGGAGACGACAACUCUGAGACGAUCCAGAUCGAGUCCAGCCUCGUUGGCCUCAUCAUCGGCCGGCAGGGCGAGAACCUGCGGAGGAUCGAAGCCGACACCAACUGCCGUGUCCAGUUCCUGGCGGCCACCGAUGGCGGCCCCUUCCGCCAGUGCAAAAUCACCGGCCCACGGGCUCGUCGUGCCGAAGUCAAGACGGCCAUCAACCGAAUCAUUGAGGACAGCGGAAUGGGCGCGCUGAACCGCGCUCAGGAAAAGCCUCGCGACCCUGCCCGAGGUGGAGCAGCGGCCCUGAGGGAUGGCGAGGACCAUAUGCAAAUCAUGGUCCCUGAUCGCACUGUCGGCCUCAUCAUCGGACGUGGAGGCGAGACUAUUCGAGAUCUUCAAGAACGAUCCGGCUGCCAUAUCAACAUCGUGGGCGAGUCGAAGAGCGUCAACGGCCUGCGGCCUGUCAACCUCAUUGGCAGCCGCGAAGCGGCCGCCCGAGCCAAGGACUUCAUCAUGGAAAUUGUCGACAGCGAUAGCCGAGGCGACGGCCCGGCUUCUGGUACCAAGAAACCCACGGGUCCUCCUCGCAACGACGGACCACCGAGGGACUACGGUGGUGGCGGCGGCGGCGGUCCCGACAAGAUCAACGAUGCGAUUUACGUGCCAUCAGAUGCGGUAGGCAUGAUUAUCGGCAAAGGAGGCGAGACCAUCAGGGAGAUGCAGAACUCGACCGGUUGCAAGAUCAACGUGGCGCAGUCAUCUGGCCCUGGUGAAGUUCAGCGCGAGAUCGCGCUCAUUGGAAGCCGUGACAG